UGGGCUAUGGAAAAUUUCCAUAAAAUCAAACCAUCAUUUCUGUCACCGGAUACCCACGGUUCGAUGGGGCCGGAUCGGUCGUCCGUUUUACGUGGUUCAUCCUUUUAAUCACUCUCUAUUAAGAGCUUUCCCCCUUCUCUUUCCCCUUCUCUUUCUCUCUCUUUCUCCUUUGUCUUCCGGUUCCGCCGUUCGUUCUUCCCGCUUCCUUCGCUUCCCACUCACGGGGGAAGCGUAGUCUCCCUAAGCCGAGCUAGUUUUUCUGGCUUCAAGAUCUCAGGGGUAACGGCUGCCGGAUUUAUGUCCGUCAAUCAAUCUAGGGUUGAGAGGACCGACGGGCAGCUCAAGAAAUCGGCUCGAUUGGGCAGCGCCAGUCAGCAAAGGGGAUUCGUCGGCAGCGGCGGCUGGAAGGGCGGCGGCUCCGCCACUCCGCCCAUCUCCUCAACAUCCACUGCUCCUCCUCCAUCGUUUGUUUCACCGUCAUUGUCGACUACCCGAAGCUUCAAAAAGUCUGCUAAUGUACAAAGUCAAUCUGUUGCCAGCAGCGGAAAUGCAAGUUCUGAAGCAAGUGGCACUGCUCCCUCCACUACUGGUCAUCAUGCUCUUGAGAAUGGUGCUCAGCUCCAGACUCACUCGCUUGGAUUUUCAGAUGUACCUGACCCAAGAUCUAUGAAACCAGUUGAUAUGCCAAUCCCCAGAAAUACUUCCCGAGCUAUCCCUAAGCCACCAUCUUCUCAAUCUAGUGCUGGAUUUUCGAAUUCCCUAGCACCUUCCACACCAACUAAAGGUGAUGCAUCCAACACUGUUGCUCUUCAGUUUGGCUCAAUAAAUCCUGUAAUAAUGAAUGGAUUACAGAUUCCUGUUCCUGCUCGGACCACCUCAGCUCCGCCAAAUCUAGAUGAACAAAAUCACAACCAGGCUAGGACUGAGUCACUCAGAACCGCUCCUAAGAUGUCUGCACCUUGUGUUCCUAAACAACAACAAAUGAAAAAGGAUGUUGUCGGUGCUCGUCAAUCCAGUAGCGAGGAAUCCCAUUAUGUACAUGUAAAAGGGGAUCUCACUGUUCCUGUUCCAUCUGCCCCAGUUGUACCAGUACCAAAAUCAUCAUCUCUUUCUAUUCCUGGAAUGCCCUUUCCCAUGGCUAUGUCAUAUCAACCUCAGCAACCACAGGUUCCUACUCAAUAUGGUAGCCCUAAUGUACAGUUGCAGCCAUCUGGUCUCACAGCUAAUUCACUGCAAAUGCCAAUAGCUUUAUCUGUAGGGAAUAAUUCCCAAGUUGCGCAGCAGAUUUAUGUUCCUAGCAUUCAAUCUCAUUAUGUGCAACAGCAAACAAUAAUGCAUCCAGGACAAGGUAUACGAUUUGUUCCUCCAAUUAGCCACCCAGUGCCACAACAGUUAGGGAGCCUGGGAAUUGGAGUUAGUCAGUUUACUCAACAACAUUCUGGAAAAUAUGGUUCUACACGGACAGUGAAAAUUACUCAUCCAGAUACUCAUGAAGAGUUGAAGCUUGACAAAAACACUGGCAUAAUAGAUAGUGUAUCUGCUGCUCACCGGGUACUUCCGAAUGUUCCCCAGUCUCAAUCUGUUCUACCAUAUGCUGCCUCUCAUCAGAUGAGUUUCUUUCCCUCCAUGCAGCAAACUUCUUACAGUCAUCCACAGCUUAUGUUUCCUACUAAUGUUCCUCUGGCAAGUGGACAGAUGCCUGCAAGUUCACAAGCUCCAAGAUUUAGUUAUCCUGUCAAUCAAAGUGGGCAAAAUUUGACCUUGAAUUCAUCCAUCUUAAACAUGAAUCCUAGUGGAAAAUCUGUAUCUUCUGCACCUUUGUGUGGCCUUACCGAAGGGGUUAACUUGGAUACCUUACCUGUUUCUGCCUCCCUGUCAAAUGCAGUCCUGGUAAGAAUAAAACCUUCUGUUGGCAGUGUGAAAGCUGGUGCAUCCUUGUCUACACCUUCUGUGGUUAUUAGUAUGCCUUCUUCUAAGGCAGAACCAACUAAAUCAAUGAAGGAAACUGAAGACAAUACUAGUUAUAAGAAAAAACAGACAGCAACCAAGCUGGAUGGACCUGGCCAACAACUGAAAUCAGUCUCUGGACAGUCACACACUGUUAAAUUGCCUAUCAAUGAAACAAGUAGUACUGAUGCUGUCUCAGUUAUUUCAACACAGAUCACACAUUGUGAAAAUUCAUCACCUUCCGAAACUACUGGGGAUUCAGGAAUCGAUUUGGCUGGAAAUGAUGGCAGUACAAACAAACCUAUUCGAAGAUCUGAUUCUUUUAAGGAUAAUCAGUGGAAUUCAUGUAAGAAGGAUCUUAGAAACUCCCAACAAAGGCAUCAGUUGAAUGCAUAUUCUGCCGAAGGAGCAAAGGUGUCUCCUGAAUGUGUAAACACAGUUCUUUUAAAUGUGGAAGCAAUUGAGCCAGUUGAAGGUAAGGUUAUGCCUGCUGAGUCUAGCUCUUCCAAAGAAGUACUGAAAAAUGAAGCAUCCCAAGAUGCUUUACUAGGAUAUGCUUAUUCAUUCAAAGAGAAUUUUCCUUCUGCAUCUCCUGCUUCUUUGUGCCCAAUAAUUGAUGGAACUGACACCAAAAAUAUGGAUGCUAGUUCUAUGGUGGCUAACACAGUUUUGGAGGUUAGGAAAGAUCACAUAUUAGAAGUAGCAAUGCCUGAGAAAUCUAAAUCAUCAGAUGAUUCAUCAAAGGACCCUAAUGAUUUUGGAGUAUAUUCUCUUUCCACACAUGUAAAAUCUUCUGAGCAUGCAAAUGCAGUUACAUCAUCAGAACAAGAUAACAGUGUAGAAAAUUUUGGAAAAGUGAGAUCUGGUCAGUAUGAUAAAAUAAUUGACAAACUGCUAAAUGGCUCCAAUGGUGAUGUUGGUAGUCAGACACAGAAAAACCAGAUCCUAACUCUACAAAAUAGGCCCAAUGGUGCAUAUUUGGACUUGGAUGACUCAAAGACUAUAGUUAAUUCAUUGUCAACUAAACAUGAAAUGAAAUCCAGCAAAGAUGUUGAUUUAAUUGAUUUUGUUGUGGCCUCCAUGGAGAAAGCCAAUGUAUCCGAUCAACCUCUUUCUGUAGAACAUAAACCUGAGUCAAAACUUUUGGAUUUUAGUAGUGAGUGCAAGCCAGAACCAAAACAUUUGGAUUCACGUGAUGUAUUGGUUUCUGUGACAGGCUUGGGACAAACAGAGAAACCUUUGUCAGAAACUCCAAAGCCUAAGAUUACCACUGGGAAAAAGAAGAAAAAGGAAAUGCUAUCUAAAGCUGAUGCUGCUGACAUGUCUGAUCUUUACACUGCAUACAAGGGUCCAGAGGAAGAACAUACUGUCAAAAAGCUAGAAACUAUAAAUAAUUCAACACAUGUAAUAAAUAACACACAGACUGGCAAUCCUAGUAAGGAUGCUGCUUCAAAUGAAGAAGAUAUGCAUAACAGUGCUGAGCUGGAUGACUGGGAAAAUGCUGCUGAUAUUUCAACUCCAAAACUAAAAACGACAGAUCGUCGACAGCUUAAUGAUGAUGCAGCAAAGCAACAUAAACAUAGUGAUGGUUAUGAAGCCAAUAACCAAAACAAAUACUCCAGGGAUUUUCUAAUGGCCCUCUCACAAUAUUGUACUCAGCUUCCUGUGAAUUUUGAGCCUGGUUUAGAUUUAGAUGCAUUGUUGGUCAAUCCAUCAGGCCAAUCACCAUCCCCAAACCCAGGGAGGGUCAAUGAUCGACUAUCAGGUGUUUCUCGAGCAGAUCGACGGACAGUUGGCCCUAUGGAUGAUGAGAAGUGGUCGAAACCACAACUGUCAUUUAGCCAUGAAAACAGGAUGGAUUAUGGAUAUGGAAAUGCAACUGUCAACCUUCGUCCUGGGCAAGUUGGCAGUCAUGUUGUUGUGAGGAAUCUUCCUCGGCAGACAUCAAAUCAAUUUGGAGGGGGAAUACAUUCAGGGACAAUGCAGUCUCUGGUAUCUCAGGUAGGCUUACCACGAGGCAAUCUUGUUGCAGAUCGGUGGCAACAUGCAAGAGGUUUAAUACCCUCCCCUCAUACACCCUUACAAGUAAUGCACAAAGCUGAGAAGAAGUAUGAAGUGGGCAAAGCUUCUGAUGAGGAACAGGCGAAGCAAAGACAAGUAAAAGCUAUUCUUAACAAAUUGACACCUCAAAAUUUUGACAAACUUUUUGCCCAGGUCAGCGAGGUUAACAUAGACAAUGCGGUCACCCUUACUGGUGUCAUAUCACAAAUUUUUGACAAGGCUUUGACGGAACCAACCUUUUGUGAAAUGUAUGCAAAUUUCUGUUUCCAUCUAGCUCGUGUGCUGCCAGAUUUCAGUGAAGACAAUGAAAAGAUAACUUUCAAAAGAUUGCUCCUGAACAAAUGCCAAGAAGAAUUUGAAAGAGGGGAGAAAGAACAAGAAGAAGCUAAUAAAGAUGAAGAGGAAGGUGAGGCCAAACAGUCCAAAGAGGAAAGGGAAGAAAAAAAGCUCCGGGCCCGAAGGCUAAUGUUGGGUAAUAUACGUUUGAUUGGAGAACUAUACAAGAAAAAGAUGUUGACAGAGAGAAUUAUGCACGAGUGCAUCAAGAAAUUGUUAGGUCAAUAUCAAAAUCCUGAUGAGGAAGAUAUUGAAGCAUUGUGCAAGUUAAUGAGUACAAUUGGGGAGAUGAUAGACCACCCUAAGGCAAAGGAACAUAUGGACGCAUACUUUGACGUGAUAGCUAAGCUAUCAAUGAAUCAAAAGUUAUCUUCUCGUGUAAGAUUCAUGUUGAGGGAUGCAAUUGAUCUUAGAAAAAAUAAAUGGCAACAAAGGAGAAAAGUUGAGGGACCUAAGAAGAUUGAUGAGCUUCACAGAGAUGCAGCUCAAGAAAGACAAGCUCAGUCUAGCAGGUUGUCUCGUGGUCCUAUAAUGAGUAAUGUCCCAAAACGUGGUUCAGCAGUUGAUUAUGGUUCCCGUGGGUCCAAUUUACUAAGCUCUCCUAGUACCCAGCAGGUUUCUGGUAUUCGUGGAUUACUACCUCAAGUCCGUGGCUCAGGUACCCAAGAUGUACGGUUAGAGGAUAGGCAUCAGUCUGAAGGGCGAACUAUGUCUCUUCCCCUCCAUCACAGGUCUACCGACGAUGAUUCUAUUACCCUGGGUCCUCAAGGUGGCCUGGCCAGAGGAAUGUCCAUCAGAGGACAUUCAUCAAUAUCCAAUAUACCCAGUGGUGAAAUUGCUUCAGUUGGGGAACAUCGUCGAACAUUGCCUGGCACAAAUGGUUCUAGCUAUAUGGCAGAAAGGUCUACUGGAGCAGCAUUUGAUGAACUAAGACCUGGAUAUCGAAAUAAUCAACAGAGUAGCAGAGAUUCAAAGAUCUCAGAUCGUCCCUUUGAGAGAUCUUCUACAACAAUACUUCCUGCUGGGCGUACCCAUGGCACUUCUAUGAGCAGCCUAUCAACAGUUCCUGAAACAAAAAUAUUUUCAGAAAAUGUUCUACGAGAAAAAUCCAUUUCAGCAAUUAGAGAAUUCUACAGUGCCAAGGAUGAGAAAGAGGUUGUAUUGUGCAUCAAGGAAUUGAAUGCUCCAGACUUUUUCCCCUCAAUGAUAUCACUUUGGGUCACCGACUCCUUUGAGAGGAAAGCCACGGAAAGGGAUCUACUAGCAAAGCUCAUUAUCAGCCUCUGCAAAUCUAGAGAUAGUUUACUUAGCCGAACACAACUACUCCACGGGUUUGAAUUGGUCCUUUCUUCAUUGGAAGAUGCUGUGAACGAUGCGCCACGGGCAGCAGAAUUUCUUGGUCAAUUAUUUACCAAAGUUAUUUUACAAAAUGUGGUGGCUCUGAAAGAUAUAGGAAAACUGAUACACGAAGGAGGUGAAGAACCAGGGCGACUGAAAGAGAUUGGACUAGCAGCUGAGGUGCUUGAGAAUAUCCUUCCGAGCAUAAGGUCGGAAAGUGGAGAUGUGAUUUUGAACGAGUUCUGAGCAAGCUCCAACCUUCUAUAGAGGACUUUCAACCACCACAUCCAUCAAAGGCUAACAAGUUUGAUGCAUUUCUUUAGGUUUGCUCCUCUUAGAGUGAAAGAUGAUACUAUGCACAAGGCAAGCUGUUCAUGCAUCUUGUUGGAAUGCUAUGAGUUAUUAUCUAUGCAUACUUUUUAGUUGUCCACUAGACCAGUAACAUUGGUCUAGAUUGUGGGUCCGUUUAGUAUCCUCUAAGCAUGCUUGGUUCGAUCAUUUUGACCAAAGGUCAGUCAUUCUUUGUUAGGGAUGACUGUCAAUAUUUAGGGUGCUCACGAUUAUUCAAUCUGUUUAAUAGGUUCGGGUACAUGUUAAAAUGGAUUUGUAACUACUCAAUGGAUAAGAGUUAGGAUGUAACAAGCGGAUAUGAAAAUUAUGUUUGUAAAGUUGUAAAUAUCCUAUCUGUUAGCACUAUGCUUUCUACUAAAACACUUGUGAUUUUACUUGAACCCAAUUUAAUAUAUACAUCUACCGAUAUACCUGUUCCUGUUGUCA